UGGUGGGGUUGGUUGGACCACCAGGAAAACGCACGGACAAAAUGGAUGGGCCAUUUUCAAAAAGUAUUUUAAUUCCUAUGAUUUUUAUUAAUUUUAUAUUAACAAUAGGAAUUAUUUCAUGUCGGAUAGUUUUUUUAACUACCACGGCAACACCGCCCCCUUUCUUUCAUCUCUAUCGAGACGAUAACAAAAAUAAUUUUUGUUACAUAGUUUAUCAUUAAAGGAAAGCCAAGGUUCAGAUAAUAAACCUACAUCAACAUCAUGCUUAUUAAGAAAAGCAAACAAUUCUAAUUGUUUUCAUCGAAUGCUUUUAGUAUUCCAACAUAUAAUUUUCACUGAUGUUCUAUUCAUUACUAUACAAAUACUUAACAGCUAAUUGUGCAAUUGUGUUAAACUGAUCUGCUCUCGAUCUACAACUAUUCAGCAAAGUUAUCAUCUCUGCAGGAAGCUUAUUUAUUUCUUCCAUUUAAAAGAGAUCCUCAGAAUUAUUGCUAACAAUGUUGUUGGCCCAUGUUCCAAACUCAUUACAGGCCGACUCCACUAGAGAUAAUUUCUCUCAGAAUACUCAUCCUGACAUGAAAAGUCUAAUGGAGUCGCGUUGUUUCAUCUUAUGAUAUGAUGUUAGCGAUCUCUCUCUGAUAUUUUGUCUUGACAUCGAUGUCUGAUAUCAAAUUUGACGUUUGAGUUUUUUUUUCCUUUUUUGUGUGUGGAUGACAUCUCAAUUUCAUUAUUUUGUGUGUCUCAAACCAACAAGUAUUUAUUUGGCGCGAACAAAAAAAAAAAAUUAUCGUGUUAAAAAAAGUCGGCAUUUGCAGUUUUUUUUUAUUAGAUUCAUAUAUUUAAAAGGAUUAAAUCAGGUAAUAACACAUUUUUAUACGAAAUGCGUUUUUGACAAAUCCUUUUAAACAGCACAAUCAUGAGUGAGUGGAAACUUUCCCAGAAUGAAACCAAGCUCCUGAUAAACUUGUACAGCGAAAAGGAGUGCUUGUGGAACUACAAGAGCAACCUAUACAAGAGGAACGAUUUGAAGAACAAAGUUUGGGCAUCCAUAUCCCAAGCAAUGAACAAGGACGUGUUCGAUGUUAAAAAAAAGUUAAAAAUCUUCGCUCAGCUUAUGUGGCUAAAAAAAAAAAAUUACAGAUUCUCAACAUUCUGGUGCUGGAAACGAGGAAGUUUAUGAGUCUCACCUUUUUUAUUUCAGUGAGUUUUCAUUCUGCGUAAAGCACAGAACAAUUUCUCACUGGUAAGUAAUAAACAACUUCAUAAAAAUUAUAAAUGAACAAAAAAAAAUGUAGAACGAUACACUUGAGAGAGCUAUGGAGGCUGUAAAGACUGAAGAGGCUGUGGAGGGUGUGCAGGCCACUGCUGAUGUUCUUGGUCUUUCCCAAUCAACAUCUAAACGAAUGCAAAUAGCAUCGACGAGGCAGUCAUCGGGCUGGCGAGGGGGAUCCACAUCAUUAUCGAGCGCCCGAAGUGCAAGAUACGCGGACGCCAUAGCUGCCAUUGUACAAAGUACAAAUUCUCGGCCAGAACGAAAAACUAAAUAUGAAAGUUUUGGUACCAGUGUGGCCAGUCAGCAGAAGCUAUGGCUGAAUUACAACAAGUUCUGUCAAGGCAUGUCGCUACAGCGAAGAAGUAUAGCUUCGCACUCAUCCUUAUCAAGCUCAGUGGAAGGAAGUGAUCUUCUUCAAAGUGCAAUGAUAAACUCAGAUUUAUUUGAUCAGUUUUAAAAAUUAUUUUAUCUUUAAAUUCUAGCAAUAAUAAUUUAACUAUAAAUAAGUGAUUUUGAAAAAUUGUGUUCAUUGUAAAAAAGCAAAUGUGUAUCAAAGUGUCGUUAAUAGAAUUACCUUAUACAAAAUAAAUUUAUACCACCUA